UAUACGCGACCAUUAGGGCACACUCAAAUCAAGUCGAUCUACCGCGCUAUAAACUACGAGAACUGGGAAAUUAGGAUUUUGAGCACGAAAAACCAAAGUGGUUUACGUCUAGGGCUUCAAUCUGUUUUCUAUUUUCCCCGCUCAGUGCUUCUGGCUUCUGUGCUUCUGUCACAGUUGCCUUGCAAGCUUUCUUUUUAGAUACAUAAGAUGCCAAGGACAAGGUCAGGUGCUGCAGCCUCUCAUAAGCCAGAUGUAGCUGAAAAGCCUAGUGAGUCUGAAAGGCCUAUAGAAUCUGAAGAGCAGGUGGACCUUGAUGGAGACAAUGAUCCCGAGGAGACAAUGGAGGAAGAGGUUGAGUAUGAAGAAGUAGAGGAAGAUGAGGAAGUGGAAGAGGUCGAGGAAGAAGAAGAAGUGGAAGAGGAAGAGGAAGAGGUAGAAGAGGAGGUUGAAGAAGAUGAUGAAGACAAGGAGGCUGCUAAAAGAGUUGAUUUACAAAAUGGGCCACAUGCUAACGAGGAGAUGACAGUUGAUCAGGCGGAGGCGGAAGAUGAGAGAAAAAAGCAUGCUGAGCUUCUUGCGCUGCCUCCUCAUGGCUCUGAAGUGUACCUUGGUGGCAUUCCUUAUGAUGCUUCUGAAGAGGAUUUGAGGGGCUUUUGUGAGCCUAUAGGAGAAGUCACUGAGGUUAGAAUAAUGAAGGGUAAAGAUUCAGGUGGGGCCAAGGGAUAUGCUUUUGUGACCUUCAGAACCAAGGAGUUGGCUUCUAGGGCCAUUGAGGAGUUAAAUAAUUCUGAACUAAAGGGAAAAAAAAUAAAAUGUUCAACUUCUCAAGCAAAGCAUCGGUUAUUCAUUGGUAACGUUCCCAGAAAUUGGGGUGAGGAAGAUAUGAAGAAGGCUGUAACAGAGAGUGGGCCUGGGGUCAUUUCUGUGGAACUGUUGAAGGACCCACAGAAUUCUAUCCGGAACCGUGGAUUUGCUUUCAUUGAGUAUUAUAAUCAUGCAUGUGCGGAAUACUCAAGACAGAAGAUGUCAAGCCCCAAAUUUAAGCUCGACAACAAUGCCCCAACUGUGAGCUGGGCUGACCCCAAAAAUGCGGAAUCUUCUGCUGCGUCUCAGGUUAAGGCAGUGUAUGUCAAGAAUUUACCAAAAGACAUUACUCAGGAUUGUUUAAGAGAGUUGUUUGAACAUCAUGGAAAGAUCACAAAAGUGGCUCUCCCUCCUGCAAAAGCAGGACAAGAAAAAAGCAGAUUUGGUUUUGUUCACUUUGCAGAAAGGUCAAGUGCCAUGAAGGCAUUGAAGAACACUGAAAAAUAUGAAAUUGAUGGUCAAGUUUUGGAGUGUUCUCUUGCAAAGCCACAGACAGAUCAGAAAUCUUCAGCACCAAACACGCAGAAGUCAUCCUUACUCCCAAGCUACCCACCUCGUCUUGGUUAUGGCAUGGUUGGCAGUCCCUAUGGUGCUGUAGGUGCUGGAUAUGGUGCAGCUGGCUUUGCACAACCACUAAUCUAUGGUAGGGGGUCAACUCCUGCUGGCAUGGCAAUGAUGCCAAUGCUUUUGCCGGAUGGAAGAAUCGGAUAUGUCCUGCAACAACCCGGGAUGCAACCACAUUCCCCUCCACCACAGUCCCGGGGUGGCAGGAGUGGCACCAGCGGUGGCUCAAGCGGUGGAAGGCGCAGCAAUGACAGCAGCCGUGGGCGCAGCCGGUAUCACCCAUAUUAAUUUAAUCAUUUUAUGUCUGUAUAAGAACUUAAGUAUUUGGGGUGAGCAGUUUAAUCAUUUCAUGUCAAAUACAAAGUCGGAAGUAAUUUUUGUGUGAUUUAUCAAAAAUUUAAUCAUAUAUUAUAUUCUUCCGGAUGGCCUGAAAUUCACAUU